AUGACGCUGUGGUAUAUAUUUGAACGAGAAAAUAACAGCGUGGUUAUCUACAGUAGAAAAGAUUUGAAUCAACCUCUCUACAAUAACUGGGUACGAGCUGCAUCAGGAUUUAUAUAUUUGAAAUCAGGUCUUCAGACGUUCAUCAGUAGGCAGCUGCAAGAGCAACAUACAGAUAUUUUAACAAAAAUCGGACCUGCAGCUGUCAGAUGUACAUCUUGUACGGCUGACAACUUACUACCAGAACAUCAUACACGCUUUUGUGCACCAAACUAUAGAAAUAAAUGCUUUUGCAAAGAUCAUCACUCGCGCAGAAAGUGUCCCCAGAACUUCUGCAGCAAGUUUUAUGACAAGAUUAUAGCCAGUCAUGCAGAAGCUAACCCGCUUUGGCUUGAUGUAGACAUAGCAAAGUGGUAUGACAACUUCUUUGAGUUUGCAAAAUGCUUUGUGAGUACAACUGGAUAUAGGGAACAGCAUUCGGUGACAGAAAUGGAUGCUUUAGGCCUACUUUCUAUUGCUAUCAAUGACCUGUAUAUACAUGAUGCAAUAGACAAUUUGGAUCUCUUCAAAAUGGUACGGGAAUCAUGGAAUGAAAUAUUUCACACUAAAAGUUAUGAGGUUACGGAUGACCAACUAAACAAAUACAUUGAGGAGAUGAUAGAUGUGCUUCAAGACACAAAAUGUCUAGCAAGAUAUCCAGAUGCGCAACAAGCUGUAGAGGAACUUAAAAGGCUGAAGGCAAACCAGAUAUAUAUAAGUGAAGAAGACGCGAGUGCAGUCAUUGAUCUAGCACGAGAAGCAAUAAGAGAAAUCAAAUAUGAGGCCAUUAGUGAAAUAGAAAAUGCAAGAGAUUCAGCCGUCCAUGAUAUUGAUUCGAGACAAGAAAGAAAAAAAAUGAUGCAAAUACAAAGAGACAAGAAAAGUCUUUUCAAUCGACUACCACAGAAAAUGAAUAUUAUAUCAGAGCCAUAUUGCUGCUUGCUGAAGGUGGUUCCUACAUUUCAAAACAAGUAUUAG